AUGAAAUUCUCUUCCUCGCUCGCUGUCAUUUCUCUGGCUUCCAACACAUUCGCUGCCUACGUUGGCUCCACCUACUGGACCACCCUUACUCCGUCCGCUACUUUGGACGCUGCUUUGACCAGCUACUCUGCCACUUUCGGUAUUGCUGUCGAGCCAAUUUCCUCUGCUUCUGCUGGCGUGUCUUCUCUCGCUUUGAAGAAGAGACAGGUUGUUUCUCAGAUCGGUGACGGUCAAAUCCAAGCUUCCACCAACACUGAGGCCGAGACCUCCACCACCGCCUCCGAGGAGAAGAGCACUGCCGCUGCUGUUGUUUCUCAAAUCACCGACGGCCAAAUCCAAGCCACCACAUCCACCUCUUCUUCUUCCUCUUCGUCUGCUAAGAAGACCGAUGCUGCUGUUGUGACCCAGAUCGGCGACGGCCAAAUCCAGGCCACCACCGCCACUCCAUCUGCAUCCUCCGACGACUCCAUCGUGACCCAAAUCGGAGAUGGCCAGAUUCAGGCUGACACCACCUCGUCUGCCUCUUCUUCUACCUCUACUGCUGCUGAUGUUGUUUCCCAGAUCUCUGACGGACAAGUGCAGGCUUCCACCUCCACCACCUCUGCUUCUAAGACCACCAGCGGUGUUGCUUCCCAGAUCUCUGACGGCCAGGUGCAAGCUUCUACCACCGCUUCUGCAACCUCUUCCAGCGCCUCCUCCACUUCCUCUGCUUCUGGUGACUACGUCGAUUCCGUGUCUUGCUACAAGACCGGUGCUUUGGCCAUUACCUUGAAAGACGGUGUCUUGUACGACUCUGAAGGAAGAAUCGGUUCCAUUGUCGCCAACCAUCAAGUCCAAUUCGACGGCCCACCACCACAAGCCGGUGCCAUCUACGCUGCUGGAUGGGGUAUUUCUUCUGACGGAUUCUUGGCCAUCGGUAACAACACCGAAUUCUACCAAUGUCUUUCUGGUACCUUCUACAACUUGUACGACGAGUACAUUGGAGACCAAUGUACUGAGGUGCACUUGAAGGUUGUUGAGUUGGUGUCUUGUUAA